AUGAAUCGCGCAAGUGUCACGCGCACCAACAAGGUAAACAAAAAAAAAGUCCUUCGGCGCCGCACACCGUGUGAUUGUCUCAAGCUAUCGAAAUUUUUAGUGUAAUAAAAAAAAACAGAAUGUUUCCACAAGAUGAGCAGUGAUCCGGAACCAAACGCACCAAACAACAACAAUUUGAGCCAUCACGUUCGCCACGAGUACUGCCACAAUCGACCCUCGUAUCGAGCCUCCCGGAAACAGACCGCCGUCAAGGCCUACUCAGUUGCCAGCGAGUCGCGACAUUUGCUCGUCUUCGGGGUGCCCCAGAUCGAUCUGCUGCGGGAGCUCAAGGUCGAAUUCCGGCGGUACGGCACGGUCCAGCUGGUACAGAACGUGACCGAAGCGGUCAAGGCUACCGGAAGUGGUGCUCUUUGUCUGUGGUUGCAGAAACGUAAGGGGGAAAUUUACUUUAAAACACAGUCAUCCCACAAAUUUGUAUCAGUUUGACUUCAUGCAAUGUUGGAAAAUAUCACA